AUGGAGAAACAGAACAGCGCCACUUCCAUCGGCGACGACUCCAAACCGCCUAGCCACAAGGUCAAGUUGAUGUGCAGUUACGGCGGCAAGAUCCAGCCGCGCCCCCACGACCACCACCUCACCUACGCCGGCGGCGACACCAAGAUCCUCGCCGUCGACCGCCGCGUCACCUACUCCGACAUUCUGACCAAGCUGAACUCCCUCUCCGGUGCCGCGCCCGACGACGACGUCGUCUCGUUCAAGUACCAGUUGCCCGGCGAGGAUCUCGACGCCCUGGUCUCCGUGAUCGACGACGACGACCUCGAGCACAUGAUGGCCGAGUACGAUCGAAUCUGCGAAUGCGUCUCGCCCAAGCCGGCUCGGCUCCGGAUCUUCCUCUUCUCCGCGAGCCGAACCGGAUUGGACCGGAUGAAGACGGCAUCCACGUCACCGCCGCUGAAUCCGGACUUCUUGUUCGGGUUUGACAAGGACUACGAGUACGAUUACCAAACACGUUCUGUUCAGGAAGCGGAUCUUCCUCGGGGUUCGGGCGCGGUUCGUCCCGAUUUAUUCACCGGGUCGGAUCCGCGGAACACAGCGGAGAUGAAAAUCCAGCCACAGAUUCAGGGAAUUCCGUUCGCCCCUCAUGGUUUGCACGAGACGUUCUCGCGUGAGAAUUCGCACGUGGCGGGAGGAGGGCAGGUGGUUUACGGGAUACCACAGGGGUAUCAGGGGGGUGCGCCCGGGCCGUACGGGGUGACGGCGGUGCGAAUGAUGCCGGUGUACAGUUACUUCCCGGCGAUGCACGCAGCUCCGGCGGCGAUGAAUGGAGUGGGAGUGGAGGACCGAGGACACGUGGCGGGAGAUGAAGGGGGAAGGCCGGAGGUGUACAAUGGAGUGGUAGGAGUUGUGUCGCCACAUCAGAUUGCUGACGGUAAGACUAACAUGUAG